CUUUAUCUUCAUCUAUUUAUCAACAAGAAUAACAAGAAGACAACCUAGCAAGCACACAGUACGACCGUUCAAGUACGGUGUAACGACAAAAAACAAAUAUGAAGUAAAAAUUGGUGCACGCAAUUUUUUUCUGUUCGUAUAGCCACUGUUGGGAGCCUAAUUCCGUGAAAGUGAGGUGUACCGUGUGUUCAAAUAUGUUAAUUGUUACAGUGUUCAGAAUUUUCGAAUCAUCGCCCUCGGCAUUCAGUUCAUGUUUUUGAACACUCCGUUUUAGUAGGCCUGUGUUAUAAUUUCUUUUGGGGAUGUCGGGUUUAACGGGCACGGAAUCUUCUGCAGAUUUGGAUGGGGGUGGUAGAGCGCUAAAGUUACAAACAGACACGCCCCAUUUAGUGAACAUCGGUGGUGAUCGCCUUAGUACUUCUGUUACACUCCAUCCCAUUCCUCAAGGUAGUAGAGUGACAGUAGGAUGUGGACCUGGGGUUGAUAUUAAAGUUCAAGGGACAGGAGUCCUGCCCUUGCAUUGUCACAUAGAAAACAGCGAAGGCGUCGUGACUAUUUAUCCCCUUUCUGAUAAUAUUUCUAUAGACGGUGCUAAAAUUGAUAGACCAACUCGUCUAUCUCAGGGUGUUAUGUUAACAAUAGGCAGAUCAAAUUAUAUGAGAUUUAAUCAUCCUGCAGAAGCAAAAAUCAUGAAGUCUGUUUUACCUAAUCCUCGAAUCUCAAUGGCAGCUAUUACAAUUGAACCAGAAAACGUCUUUCAACCAAAAUAUAAUAAAAAACCUCCAGUAGUGCCUAGAAAAAAUUCCAAGGAAUCUCUUAUUGAAUCUGGUGUGGAAGAACCUCUUCCCUCGAGUAUUAUGACCAAAGUUUCAAAAUUCGAAUAUUUAGCACAACAGAAUUUUAAGAAGAGCAUAUCACCGAAAGUAUUCUCAUCAAAUUUAGUCACCGUUAAUACUCCGGCAAAAGACGUCCUCGGCAAAUCACCCCCAGAUCUAAAGAAUUUUAGUAAAAAUUUGCCACAAAAUGUUUUGAAUUAUUCAGAAUUAAAUUACAAUGAUAAGCAGCAAAUGAAGACUCCCGACAGAUCAAUUUUUGGCAAAAAAUCUCCUCAGUAUGUUAAUGUAUCUGUUAAUGAAAAGAAUAACGUAAAUAAUAAAGUAAUAAUUUACGAAAAUGGAUGUAUUCCAAAAAAUCAAAAUACAAGCCAAAACGAACUGAAUAAUAAAAAUGUGGGUACUAAAAAUAGCAAUUUAAAUAGGACGCUUACACCCUCACCAAAUUACAAUAGGAAUCCAUCCCCAUAUUUCAGAAGUAUGACACCGAGUCCUGUGUCAAAUACUAGUAAAAUUGAAUAUCGAAGAAGUGGUUCAGUUGGAGAACUUAGUGAAUAUGCCGAUAUUGCUGAAAAUUCGCAAAUUAAAAACAAUGAAGCGGAAAUGAAGAGGGUGCAGGCGCAACAAGAGAGAAUAAAAGAGCAAGAAAUUGGAAAAGCUGAACAAGCUAGACUUGAAGAAAUACUUAAUAUGUGUGUCGAAUAUGAAAAACAAGCACAGUGUGAAAAAAACAAAGUUACGCCAAAUAGAAUAAAAACAAAUGGCUCACUUCCUCGUGACAAACGUCAAUUUGGGCCUUUUUCCCCCGUUUAUGCAACACCUCCACCUUCGCCUAGAGAUGCUGAAUGGACUUCUACAGAUAGUAAAAAGAUGAAUCACUCAUAUGAAAAUGUAAGCAUAAACCGGGAUACGUCAUUGGAACGUCUUAAUGUUAAUUAUGAAAAUGUAGAAGUUAAACACAUAGAAGAAUAUCGAACGUCAAAAUGCAGUAGUCCCUAUGAAAAUAUUAUUCAACAGAGUAAUGCAAAUUUAUCGUCUCAUCAUUCGCCAAGAAAUAGAAUUAAAACGAUUGCUUACAGUAAUCGAGACGGCAAAAGCAAGGACACCGCAGAAAUAAUAGAAAAUAAAUUCGCAAUACUAGAAGCAGAACAGUACCUUCUACAAAAUCUUAGCGUAAAUGAUGAAAAGAGUUCAGAGAGUAUUAAGUCUUUAGAAAGAAAAAACCAUGAUACAAAAUUCAUUUUCCCUUUAGACGAAACGGCCCUACUAAUAACACAUUCAAACAACGAGGAUAAUGUUUGUUAUUCAAACAGUGUUAAAAAAAUUAGAAUAAAUAAAAUAGAUAAUAAUAUUCCACUUGUCAAUGAAAAGAUGAAUAUAGAGAAAAUGAAAAAAGAACGCAAAGAAAUAUUAGCUCGAAUUUCAUCUGUGAAACGACAAAUAGCUGACACUGAAAUACUUGAAGAAGAAUUACAAAGAGAUGUGGAGUUAGAACAUGCUUUAUUAUCCGGCGAACAUAAAUCUAAAUUACUUGAAAUAGAAAAACUUCAAUUUAGAAAAGACAAGUUGAUUCAUUGUGCGCAAAAACUUGAAGAAAAUAUGUUACAUCGCCAAACAAAACAAGUUGAAGACCAGUUAAAAUGUAAAGAAAAACUAGAAGUUGCUCAAGAAAGUAUGGCAAACAUUGAAGAAAAAAUGUCAAAAACUUCAAAAACUGAUCCUAAUUAUGAAGACAUUUUUGAAGAAUAUCUCAAAGCUCAAGAGGUGCUAGAUAACGAACGCAAAACAUUUGAAGAUUUGGAAUUUCACCAUUUAGAAGAAGAAGCCGAUUGGUUAGCAAGUCGAGAGGAAGUCCAAAGAGAAAUUCUCGAUUUAACCAAUAAAAUGGAACUGGUUGGAGAACAAGCACAAGAACUGGAGCAACAAAAAUAUAAUAUUUCUAGAAGUAAUACUUCUGAAGUAACAACCAUUAAGAAAAGAAGACACGAAUACCUCAAGCAGUUAGAAAAGCUAACAAACUUAUUGAAAAAAAUUGAUAACGAUUUAUCUGUAUUUGCGAACCAAGAAUCUGAUCCUGGAGAAUCUUCAGAUAGUGAUAGUGACAAGUCUAAAGAUCUUGAAAAACAAAUGUCGAAUUUAUCUCUUAAUGUUAUUCAUGACCUAAGUUGCUCCGUGAUAAUUAGCAACACCAAAAGUUCUGUUGAACAUUUAUCAAAUAUGUCUCAAUCAUUCAAUGAAAAAUUACUGCAAGAAAAAUCAGUACUCGAAUCUGGAAUAGGUAACAAAUGCCCUAGUCAAGAUGAUAUUGAUCGGAUAAGUAAGGUGACUUCAAGUGCUCCUAUCAAUAUUAACCAAGAACAAGGAUCUCUGGGUAGAAAAACUAUAGAAUCUUUAAAGGAUAUUGAAAGAAAAAGGCAUAUUCAUUUAUGUCAGCAAGGUUCACAGGUUAUAGAACAAGAAAGACAAAGGGUGUUGGCUUUAAAACAAAGAGUACAACAUGAAGUACGCACCAAAUGGGCACAAAACAGACAAGACUGUAAUUCAAUGGAUUCCUCAGAAUCUGAAGAAAGACGAAUCAGUGGAGAAUUGGACGAACGCCAAAUAGAUAGGCCAGUAUCAAAAUCACCUACACCAAAGAAUCAGACCCGACCAAUAUCAGAUGAAGAUUCAUCACGUCCUAUAUCCGAAAUCAGUGAAGUCAGCAUGGAUUUUGGAAAUACCGUGGGAAAAAAGAGGACCAGGAUCCACACUGAUAAACAGAGACCACUUACAAGAUAUUUACCAAUAAAAGGGUCAGACCUGGACUUACGGCAACAUAUAGAAUCUGCCGGUCACCAAGUUGUAUUAUGUCCCCAUGUUAUAAUCAACGCAACGUCAUGCAGGGGUUUUCUACAUAAGAAGGGAUCCAAAUUAAAUGGAUGGUCAAAAAGAUGGUUCGUGUUUGAUAGAAACAAACAUACGCUCACUUAUUACAAUGACAAAAGUGAAAAGAAAACACGUGGAGGAGCAUACUUCCAAGCCAUUGAAGAAGUUUACUUAGAUCAUCUCAACAAUGUAAAAUCACCAAAUCCACAACUAACAUUCAUUGUGAAAACUCACGAGAAAUCGUAUUUCUUGAUGGCACCAUCUCCCGAGGCUAUGAGAAUAUGGGUGGAUGUUAUUUUUACGGGUGCUGAAGGCUAUCAAGCAUUUGAACAUGGAACUUGAUAAUUGUGCACAAUGAAAAAAUAUCUUUUUUAAUUACCUACGAAGAAAGUUAACUAUGCUUAUAUGAUGGAUGAUUACUUUUAUCCAAAGUUAAGCAAGAAAAAAACACCUUUUUUUUUUCAUUGACAUACGCUUUGUUAAAAAUAAUAAAAAACAUAUUUAUGGAAAAUUGCAUAGAAACUAACUUAAUUAUGUUAAGUAAAUAGUAAAUAUGACCAAAAAUUUAAUCUUUGAAAAAAGAAUUAUAAUAGUCAAGAUAAUUAUACAUAAACAGAAUAUGUGUCCACAUUAGUGCAAGCGUGAAACCAAUGUUAAAUAUUUGCUCAAAUUUACUCAUGCAUCUAAUUCAUAUAAAAAAUGUUGCUUAGCUUAUAAUUUAACAACUUCAAACUUCGCUAUGCCCGCGGUGACAAAACUUGAUCGUGGACAUUUAAUUGAGAUUUGUUUAUAACCGUUCUAAAUUACGAAUACUUAUACGUUUGCAAAAUAUUUAUUUAUUGCAAUAAAAUGGCUUUAAUAGAAGUUUUUGAAGAGACAUGGUCAAUAGUUCUUGAAUAGGUGGUAAAAUUUUUCUUAUCUGUACUGUAAUCUUGCUGUUUAUUGACUUAAGUGUAGGUAAUUUAUGAGAUAUCCAAGCAUUUUUUUCCAUUAUGGAGUGACAUUUUUAUGUAUAAUAAAUUAUACAAAUUCAUUAAUUGAUUUUAGUUUAAGAAAAGUACAAUUUCAUAUUAUAGACAAAUUUUGUUUUGUUAGAGUUAGUAACUUUGAAGCUUCUUUUAUAUUACAAUUCUGCUCCAUUUUCUGAUGUGCUAUGUAGGUCAAACAAAUAGUGCCUUUAUAACAAGACUGUUUUAUACGUUUAUAAAUUUGCAAAAAUUUAUGUGUAUAUUUUUAAAGUAUGUGAUGUCAGUAUGUAUUACCAGAAGAAAAAUAAAAAGUGAUAUUUAAAUA